AUCAGUUCACUCUCCCCGCCCCAGCCCCAGCCCCAGUUAGUAGCAGCCUCGCCAGCAAGCAACAGCAGCGACAGUCGCAGCCCAGACACAGCAGCAGCAGCAGCAGCCGCCGCCACAGCAGCAGUACCAGAAGUCGCUCCUUCGGCUGAGCAUGAGCGCGGCCACUCACUCUCCAAUGGUUCAGAUGGCGACCAGCAACAGCGGCAACGGCGGGGAACGAGACCCCUUGCCUCCAGGCUGGGAAAUUAAAAUCGACCCACAGACUGGUUGGCCUUUCUUCGUGGAUCACAACAACCGGACCACUACAUGGAACGACCCGCGCGUCAGCCCCGAGGGGCACAGAGAAAGUCAAUCAUCAGCCAACGGCCCAUCAGAGGAGAGUGCCAAGGUACCUCCUGUUAGGGAGGGCACCCUAGUGUAUCCCCAGCUUCGUGCCGGCUACAUUCCCAUUCCAGUUAUCCACGAAGGCUUUGAAAAUCGGCCACAGCAUCCAUUCUACUCCUAUCAUCAGCCUGGGAUGCAGCGUGUUAAAGCAAAGACAACCCCUCUGAUGAGAUCUCAGUCACCUUUAAGGUCCUUUUCGCCAUCAGAAUCCCCCCUCAGAAGCGCAUCUGAAUCUACCCAGACAGAAAAACAGGGUGGAAAGGCAACAGCAGCUGCAGCAGCCCAGGCUCCAGCCUCUCAAGGACUUGAGAGAUCCCAGUCUCCAGCUGCUUCAGACUCCUCCUCCUCCUCCUCCUCCUCAGGUCUGCCUCCAUCUGCUGCCAGGAGCACCACCAAGGGAAGCCACCAGCUUCCCCGAGGCUAUAUCCCUAUUCCUGUGAUCCAUGAGCAAAAUCUCCCCAGGCAUCCAGCACAGGCUUAUCAUCAGGCACAGAAGACUCACUAUCCAGCGUCCCAGGGGGCAGAAUACCAGUCUCAACAGCCAACAUACAGAGUCCAGGCUGAUGAUCGGGAUCCCAAGGCUGUCCAUGCACCGUCCCCUUUCAAAGUGGUUACCAGGGGCACGUCUAGCCGGGAAGGGUCUCCAUGCAGAGCUAGUGCAUCAGUGCUUUCCUCAUCUCCUGCCAGGGUACAGACUGUCAUGGACAGCCCCCAGGCUUCUCAGCAACCAGGGGUCCGCCAGGAGUCAUCCCCAGUGCCUCAACCUGAAAACAAGCUGGAAAGUAAGUCAAGCCCAACUGGACCAGAUCUCUCUUCAGGCUACAUCCCAAUUCAAGUUAUCCACAAAGAGUCUGAUUCUAAACCAGUUUCCCAAAAGCCUCCACCUCCUUCUGAGAAGGUUGAAGUGAAGGUCCCUUCUGCUCCAGUUCCCAGCCCUUCUGCCCCCAGCUCUUCCAAGAAUGUCGCUGCAGAAGAAAGGCCAACCUCCCCCAUUCCUUCGCCUCCUGAACCAGCACCACCGAAGCCAGCUGAUGUGGAAGCAGGCCCCAAACAUCCUGGUGUGAUGAAAGUGGAAGCAAUUCUGGAGAAGGUCCAAGGGCUCGAGCAGGCUGUGAAUUCAUUUGAAGGAAAGAAGACAGACAAAAAAUAUUUGAUGAUUGAAGAGUAUUUGACCAAAGAGCUUCUGGCCUUGGAUUCAGUGGACCCUGAAGGACGUGCUGAUGUGCGUCAGGCCAGGAGGGAUGGAGUAAGAAAGGUCCAGCAGAUUCUGGAAAAACUUGAACAGAAAGCUGAAGAUGUCCCAGGUCAAGUUCAAGUUUAUGAACUCCAACUCAGCUCCCAAGACAAUGUUAAGCCCCUGCAGGAAACUGUGGAAGUCAAUGCCACAGCAGCAGACAAAAGUAAGAAGAGUACCAGGAAUGAAAAGGCCAGAAGGGAUUCCAAAACAGAAAUACAGCAGCCCCAAACCAAAGAGGUAGCAGAUGCCAGUACGAGCACAAACACAUUGCGUAAUCCAGCAGAGCCGUAGCCACCUACCUGUUCUAAAUAAAAAACGAACGUGGACUUGGGAAUUUGACCCUGUGUGCUUAAAGGAAUUUUAAGUUGCAUGCAUUUCAGGAAUUUUGCAGCCAUUGGUUUAUAAUAAACAUAGCAGCUUGGGGGGGGGGCAGGGGCAGCACAGUAACAGCUUGGGCCAGGAUAGAAGUAGUAGGGAUAAGCACGGGUGGAACCCAAACACUGAAAGGGCUAGAAUGAAAAUGACGCUUUUCUUCUGUAUUAUUAUCUUGUAUAAAUAAAGAAGCUGCUUGUUGUUUCAAAA